AUGGCAAGCCGCCUCCAGUCUUUAAACCACUCGGAUCCCGGAAGGCUGGCUAAUGGCCCAAAUACAGGGCCCCGCAAGGCUAAACCAUCAGAGGCCAGGCAUCUGUCACAUCUAUCGCCCUGGAAAAAUUGCCCAGUGCUAAGAAAUCUUCAAAGCAAGCUUUUGCUAAAAGAAACUUCUUUGCAAGACAUGAAGAACGAGUUAGAAAGUUACAAAGAAAGCAAUGUGCGGCAGUCAUUACAGAUAAUGUCCCUAAGAAAUGACAUCAAGGACCUUCAGGACCUCACUGCUUCUCUAGUGAGAACAAAGACUUUGAAAAACACCAGUGGUCAGAGUCGUGGGAGAGGCAACUGGGAUCUGACUGCUCGAGUUAUAGAAAUAGAAAACCAUCUAAGAGUACAUCUGGUGGAAAGAGAAAAGACAGAGCAAAAAGCAGUUCUCUCAGAGGAAAAGCUGUCAUGCCCUAGCAGGAUCCCACCUCAUGUGAAUCUGAGAGGACAAGAAGAUUCCUUGGACAUGUUCCCAGUGAAGGAUGAGGGUGAAGCUAUCCUGGCCAACAACCUUGAGAGAGAGAAAACAUUUUACUCUGAAGGACUGAAUGAUGGGCAGCAGAUUUGGGACGAUUAUCUACAGGAUCUGAUCCAUCAGGAGAACCAAGCGUCUGAGCUGGAUGGGCCUCCAGAUGAGGGCAGUCGGGGACCCACAGCUGAGCGAUCCCAGCACCAGAACUUCCUCAGCCACUUGGCUACUCUUCUGAGUGACAGCAUUGGCCCCAUUCCGGCCACAGAGGACGCCGUGGAAGAGAGGAUACAGGAAAUUGGCACCAGCGAACGGUCAUGGAAAUUGAGAACGGAAGGCCUGCAGCAGGAGAUCGAGAAGCUCACAAAGCGCCUGGAGCAGCUGCAUCGUCUGCAUGAAGAAGCUCGAGAAUCCCUCCAACCAGAAGAAAACUGUAGGGAUCAAAAAAGGCCCUUGAAACAUCCAGAAGAAGACAUUGCCAUCAAUGACUUUUCUCCAGGGAGAUUAGACUCAGGAAGGAACAAAGAAAACUUCAGGACUCAGAAUUCCCAGGUUGAUAAACACAAGAAGUCCAAACAGUUAGAGACACUGUUGAACGCUCAGCAGAAUUUGAAGACACCGAGAAUGGAGGAGAAAAUUCAGAAACUUCAGAAACAGCUCAGUGAUUUGAAAUUGUCAAAUAAAAAUAUGAAAACUCAACUGACAAGAAUCAAUGUCCUUAAAGACAAAACCAUUGAAAAGCUCAGGCAGUCCUUAGUGAAAGUUGAAAUGAUGAAAGAGAAGGCAGUUCCACAAACAGACAAUUUGAAAACUACAUUAGACUCUGGAGAGCAAGAGGAGACAUCGGACAAAGUGAGGGCCAGUCAGAUGCCAGCUGGUGUUACUCCUGAACACCCCACUAUGAACAGCACGCCGAAAGGAGUCUUGGGACAAGAACAAGAGCCUGCUGACUUCCGAGACACUAUUAUGAAGAUGCUGGGAUUCCACAUGAAAACAGCAGACAAGGAAAUCAUCAAUCAGCUAAAGCUCGUCAUUCAAGUGUAUGAGAUAGCAAGCAAAUGCAAGCUUUCUUCUGGAGUUAAAAAGGGGUUAUUGGUCCAGAAAGACCAGAGCCAGAGGGCAGAGCCACCGGUCAUAUUCUACCCGGGUUCCAUCACUCUGCGGCCAAAGCACGGGUCGGGCGUGGCAGCCCGAGACCUGCAUCGCUCUCCUCCCGGGCCUCGCUCCACCCUCCCCGACAAACGUCACUGUCGGCAAAGAGGCGCCAUCGGUAUCCGUGCACCCGACUCGGCGUCGUCGUUUCGCGUUCAAAUAACCUAG